AUAUGUACCUGUUCUCCUCUGUAUCCUCUCACAUUUACCAAACUCACCUGCCUGAAGACGAGCCUCAUCCACAGAAGAGGACAAACAAUACACAGCCUUACGUCACUUACCAGGGAGGAACUACAGAGAGGCCUUUCAAGUCCUGAGUUUCAUCUGAAGCAACUGAAACAACAAAUCAGCCCUCCACCAUGGUGUCUGCUGGGAUGCAGAUCCUGGGCGCAGCUCUAGGGAUCCUGGGAUGGAUCGGUGCCAUCAUCGUGUGCGCCAUGCCCAUGUGGAAGGUCACUGCUUUUAUCGGCAGCAACAUCGUGACCUCGCAGACCUCAUGGGAAGGUAUUUGGAUGACCUGUGUGCACCAGAGCACGGGCCAGAUGCAGUGUAAGGUGUACGACUCCAUGCUGGCUCUCAGCUCCGACAUGCAGGCCGCCCGGGCUCUGAUCAUCCUUUCCAUCGUGGUGGGCGUCCUGGCUAUCCUGCUCUCCGUAGCCGGGGGGCAAUGCACCAACUGUGUGGAGGAUCCGGCGUCCAAGACCAAGGUGGGCAUUGCAGCUGGAGUUAUGUUCAUCGUAGCCGGGGUCCUCUGCCUAAUCCCUGUCUGCUGGACGGCCCACACCAUCAUCCAGAACUUCUACAACCCCCUGAUGGUCAGCGCCCAGAAGAGAGAGUUGGGCGCCGCGCUCUACAUCGGGUGGGGGGCGGGUGCCCUGAUGCUGAUCGGAGGGGGGCUGCUCUGCUGCAAAUGCCCCACUAAGGACGAAGGAUCCUACACUGCAAAUUACAAUGCUGCCAGAUCUGAGGCCUCAGCACCAGCCUCCGGCAAAGACUUUAUCUGAAACAGAGCUAGGAGUCAGUAAACGCUUCCUGAAGCACUGUUUACUGGGACAGAUGCACUGGUGCUACUGGGUUGUGAGUGUUGAUACUGUAUUUCAGAUGUAUGUUUUGUUAUUGUAUUGUUAUGUAUGUAUAUGUAUGUAUUCCUGAGUUUUAUUCCACAUAAGAGCGUUGAAGGAAAUAAACAGCGAGAAAGGAACCACACCCAAAGAGGAAAUUCAGUUUGAAUUGUUCAUACAAUUACUUGUAUAUGUUUGGUUGUUAAUAUGAAUAUUAGUCAUUUUGUAAGUCUUUUUCAUAGAAAUAUGAAAAUGAUAUAAUCUUAUUUGAAACGCUGUAUGUGGGUAUCCUUUUUUUUUUUUACAACUAAGUGUAUGAGAUUUGUUUAACUGCUAUUUACACUGUAAAUAAAUA